CUCAGCCGGAAGCAGUGUGGGACGGAGCUGCAGAUUUGAAAACGUUCAUAUUGCAAGAUUAGGUUUCACAGAGCGUAUCACUGAUACUUUAGCGUUUUUAUGCGUUUACUUGUGUUGUCAUCCAUCGAGGAAUGGAAAAAAAUUGUGAACGACAAGAAGGAACCUCGUUCAUUUUGCUCACUAGCAAGUCGAGUAUUGUAGCUAACGUUAGCUAGCUAACCAGCUAACGUUAGCUAGUGAGAACGUGCAUGUUCAAGUGGACCUAACUAGUAUUGCGGACUACCUGUCGUUAGUGUGCUGAUAUUUCUUCUAUAUUUGUUGUUUUUAUAAAAAUCCAUUGAACUCAAUGCUCUUGGAAGACCCAUGCCUUGUCCGUAGAGCGCUAGCUAGCUAACGGUAACAGGGGUUCGAGGCUCAGGAAGGAAGGGGUGACUGAUGUUUGGGGGAAGUGCUGCUGUUUUAACCAUCUUGAUAGCUAGCCAGCUAACCAACAAGCGCUCUACCAUUAUCAGAAGACACGAAGUUUUGUUGCAUUUAAAAAAAAAUAACUCAGGUAGCUAACGCUACUGUAUGACACGUUAUCGCCCGUGGAGAAGAAAAAUAAGUAACGUUACGUCUGGUCAUAAUUUUUUCUGCGCCUCAAUUUUUGAGAGACGCGCUGGAAUUUGCAACAACGGGAACAGUCCGUUUUUUGACAAAUUGAUUUAUAUUAAACAUGGCUACGGCUAGCAGCAUUGCCGCAUCCAUUGCGAGUAAAACGAAGACGAAGAAGAAACACUUCGUGGCUCAGAAAGUGAAGCUGUUCCGUGCCAGUGACCCUCUGCUCAGCGUCCUAAUGUGGGGAGUCAACCACUCGAUUAAUGAGCUCAGCCAUGUUCAGAUCCCAAUCAUGUUGAUGCCUGAUGACUUCAAGGCCUACUCCAAGAUCAAGGUCGACAACCACCUCUUCAAUAAGGAAAACAUGCCAAGCCAUUUUAAGUUCAAGGAAUAUUGUCCUCUUGUCUUCCGCAAUUUAAGAGAGAGGUUCACCAUUGAUGAUCAAGACUUCCAGAACUCCCUGACCCGGAGCGCCCCCGUCACCAGUGACGCCCAAGGCCGCAGCGGGGCGCGCUUCCACAUGUCCUACGACAAGAGGUACGUCAUCAAGACCAUCACCAGCGAGGACGUGGCUGAGAUGCACAACAUCCUCAAGAAGUACCACCAGUUCAUUGUGGAGUGUCACGGCAACACACUGCUUCCCCAGUUCCUGGGCAUGUACCGCCUCACGGUGGACGGAGAUGAGACCUACAUGAUUGUCACUCGCAACGUCUUCAGCCACCGGCUCUCCGUCUACAAGAAGUACGACCUUAAGGGCUCCACAGUUGCCAGAGAGGCGAGCGACAAGGAGAAGCAGCCCCGCCCACCCGAGGAGGCCACGCCCCCCAAAUCGCGCAUGCACCAAAAGCUGCAAACGAUAAGGAUCGCCACGCGUUUUUACUGCGCCAUCAAAAACGCCAAGGAGCUGCCCACGUACAAGGACAACGACUUCAUCAACGACGGCCAGAAGAUCUACAUCGACGAGAACAACAAGAAGAUGUUCCUGGAGAAACUGAGGAAGGACGUGGAGUUCCUGGCCCAGCUGAAGCUGAUGGACUACAGCCUGCUGGUGGGCAUCCACGACGUGGAGCGGGCGGAGCAGGAGGAGGUGGAGAGCGAGGACAACGAGGGCGAGGAGGAGGGCGAGAGUGACGGGGGCGCCGUGGGCACCCCGCCCGACAGCCCCAGCAACACGCUGGACAGCACCAAGCCUUUCGGCCCCGGGGAGUUCGACCCCACCAUCGACGUCUACGCCAUUAAGAGCCACGACGGUGCGCCGAGAAAAGAGGUGUACUUCAUGGCUAUCAUCGACAUCCUGACGCAUUACGAUGCGAAGAAGAAGGCGGCCCACGCAGCCAAGACUGUGAAGCACGGGGCCGGGGCAGAGAUCUCCACGGUGAACCCGGAGCAGUACUCCAAGAGGUUCUACGAUUUUAUCACCACCAUCCUGUCGUAGCCUGGGCGGCGGCCUGGAGGAGCGGAGGGCGGGGCCUCUGCGCGG